AUGGACAUCGGCGCAGUCCUGACCAACCAUGCCGCCGUUGUGAAGGCCGCUGUAUCCCAUCUCCUGACAGGCGAUCUUGGCAGCGGCUUUGCUCCACGACUCGUUGCAUACGGAGCCGAACCCGUCGUUGUAGAACUCAAGGCGGCCAGUGCCCGUGCUCGUGGGCACGCCGGACGCAUCAACCAGACGCAGGGUGCCGAAGGGGAUGCCAUCAUGUGGCGUCGUAUUGGUGCAUUUGACAAUGACGUCAUCCUUGUGAGACUGGCAGUCCACAGUUGGCUCUUCAAUGAUGCAGCUCGAUAUGUCAUCCUCAGUUCCCAAACACUGCGUGCGAAUGUACAUGCAUCAACGAAAGACAAACCAUCAGCCCGGCGUACGAAACGGCGUAACCGCGCGGAACGCACAUAUUUUGAUCGUUCACGCUGGAGCAGUUUUCCAUGA